ACCGCAGCAGCAAGGAAGUCGCAAAAAGAGGAGAUCACAAAACUACUAGCACGCCCAUUCUGAGUCUCACCUGACCCACGCCACCUCUUCUUCGCCCUCCCUCUGCGCCAACCCGACUGAAAGUCCUUCGCCUAUCUCGUGCCCCUAGUCCGCUGAUUCGGAUUUGUUACUCGACAAACGGCUGCUUGUUUGAUAAUCCAGAGCUGGUAUCUGCACUGGCAAUGGCGUCCCAGAAGCUUCCCGUUCAGGUAUUUAACCCUAAUGGAAGGUUCCGGGUUGUUUCGACAAAGCCAAUGCCCGGGACCAGCUGGAUUGACGCCUUAGUCGCCGCGGAUUGCCGACUCGAGAUCUGCACGGCGAGCAAGACGAUUCUGUCGCAGGACGACAUCGCACAGCUCAUCGGCGACAGAUGCGACGGCGUCAUCGGCCAGCUGACGGAGGAGUGGGGUGAGCGCCUGUUCUCGGCGCUGCAGCGCGCGGGCGGGAGCGCGUACAGCAACAUGGCGGUGGGUUUCAACAACGUCGACGUGGAGGCCGCCACCAGGCACGGCAUCACCGUCGGCAACACGCCGGGCGUGCUGACGGAGACCACAGCCGAGCUGGCAGCAUCGCUGACGCUGGCUGCAGCGCGCCGAGUGGUGGAGGCGGACUACUUCAUGCGCGCGGGGAAGUACGACGGCUGGCUGCCCACCAUGUUCAUCGGCAACCUGCUCAAGGGGCAGACGGUGGGCAUCAUUGGCGCGGGGCGCAUUGGAAGUGCCUAUGCGCGCAUGAUGGUGGAGGGCUUUAAGAUGAAUCUCAUCUACUACGACCUGUACCAGUCCAAGCGGCUGGAGGAGAGCGUCACAGCCUACUCGCGCUUCCUCCAAUCACAGGGCGAGCCGCCGGUGACAUGGCGCAGGGCGUCCAGUCCCGAGGAGGUGCUGCAGGUUGCUGACGUGGUGUCUCUACACCCUGUACUCGAUAAGACCACCUUCCAUCUCCUGGAUGAGAGAAGACUCAACAUGAUGAAGAAGGACGCCAUCCUGGUGAACUGCAGCCGGGGCCCAGUGGUGGACGAGGUGGCGCUGGUGAGGCACCUCAAGGCCAACCCCGCGUUCAGGGCAGCGCUGGACGUCUUCGAGGACGAGCCUCUGAUGAAGCCGGGCCUCUCCACGCUCCCCAAUGUGGUCGUCGUGCCGCACAUCGCCUCCGCCUCGCAGUGGACUCGCGCUGGCAUGGCUGCGCUGGCCGCACUCAACGUGGCGGCGAAGCUGCAGGGCUACCCCGUGUGGCACAACCCCAACGAUGUGCUUGCCUUCCUCGACCCCAAUUGCCCGCCGCCCAAGGCGUGCCCCAGCAUCGUGAACGCCAAGCAGCUAGGUCUGCCCACAGCCACUCCCUCCAAGCUCUGAUCCGCUAAAGUUACAGCAAAGGCCAUCUCCAUUAUUAUUUAGCCACUUCAUUAUCCUCUUUUUUUUCCUCACGAAAGAUGGAUAUUUUUUUUUUCUGAAAAUAGACAAAAAGCUGUGCAUUGUUUCAUAUGCAAUUGCACCUUCUUUCCAAUGGAAGCGUUAUAAAAAACUUGAACUGAA